CCACCCACCAUGAUGCUGGUAGGGUCGUUUAAUCUUAUCUGUCUAUCAGCUAUUGUUCAUCGGAAGUAGAUUAAUUGGAUUGAGAGUAUUGCCGAAUGAAGUAAAAUCUCAGUGCACCAUUCAGCCAGUUGUCUAAUUUCCAGAUAGAAGCACUUCCCUCCCCUUCUCGGUUUCUGUUCUCCACCCCUUCUCUCACGCAACAGUCUCGGCUCGAUGUCCUAAGAGAACGAGUCGGGAGGCAUCACGGUGCAAGAGAGAGAGCGAGCGAGAGAGAGAGGAAACAAACAUGCCCGUCCAAAGAAGCAAAAAGAAAGGCCGCAGUUCCUCAACGAGAGCAGCAUACCACUCAAGCCCAAACCUCCCUUUUGAAACAUGUCACUCCAUACUCCCAGUAAGGGGGAGGGGGCAUGUCCAUCGGACUGUGGAUUGCUUUUGUCGUCGUUGCCCUCUCUCUCUCUCUCUCCUCUUUCUGCGUGAUGAAUGCCGAUCAUCACAUCAUGCCAAAAACCGGUAUACCGUUGGGCAUUUCCAAAAUGGGGGAGGGACCGGGGGAUGUUUGCGACGUUCGUUGUCAGCUAGAUCGUGCGUUUUUUUUGUCGGCCAUGUUUGCUUUCUUGGUAGCCGGCUGAUGAUGAUCUUCGAGGCGUGUGUGUUGAGAUUGGGAUCAAACAAACGGUAACCGUUGUUUGGAGAUCCACUGGCUGGCUGGGGGAUUAGCCUGAUUUAGUUAGGGUUGAGUUGAGCUGAGC